UUUUGCGUCUUCCCCAUACAUUCUUAUAGUGAUUUAAGUUACUAGCUCCAUGAAAACUGGGUGUGAUUGUAAAUAUUUCAGCUGCAUAGGUUUUGUAGAGUGAGUAAAAGUUCGAUUUCAAUAAUAACAACAACAGUGGCAAAUACUUAAUAAUAUUCGUAAUUAUAACAAUUACAAUUGUUGUCGUUAUCAUUGUAGAAUGCGAUUAAGAAAAGUAACGUAAUCUUCUCUUAUUGUUGUUGUCACAAUCUGUUUAAUGAAAGAACAGCAGAGAGGGUGACAGAGAGAGGGAGGGCGAGACAGAGAGAAUGAAUGUACGUGAUGAGAGAUUUUAAGACAGUCGUUUAUUAGCGGAGGGAGAGGAGCUGUCGAAAGAGGAGGGAGCGAGCGCGUGAGAGGAGCAUAUCGUCUUCUCGAGCCUCGCAUUCUGUCUCGCGUCGUGAAAGUCACAGAGAAACUCGACCGAUCCGAAAGCCGGACAGUCUACAACGGGUUCGAGGGAGGCGGAGUCUGGCGGGGUGAUCAGAUAAGGGAGGAUGAACAGCUGCUCCCAGGCGGCCUGACCGCACUGCCAUGGAGGGCUGGGAAGAACAGAACGAGAGAAAGAACGAGAGGAGGACGGGAUUCAUACAGCCAGAGAACAAACCUGUCCCCUCCAGCUAAGCCAAUCACACCGCCAUGCCUGCCAGGGCCCUGCUCCUAUUGGUCGCCCUCUGCAUGUGGGAGGGGCUUUGGGGAGCCAAGGUUCUGAGGAGGAGGGGCCUGGGAGAUCGCACGCAGAUACGGGAGGACAGGAGGCGGGCGGACCAAUGGGACGCGGGCGUUGAGGAUAACGGAGUCCCAUUGGUGGAGCUGAGUGAGCUGUCCCACAGCGCCCAGGAGAAACUGCUCCAGGACGGGGUCUCCGCCCCCGCGUUCGGCAACAAGGGGGCCCCCCCGGGCAGCUGGGAGCCCGGCCUGAAGCUGAGGGAGAGGUACAGUCACCCCGCCCCUGUGAGAGCGGGACUGGGCCCAGGGGCAGGAGGGAGCCCCAAACUGCAGGAGGCCCAGGACCGGGCGGCUCAGCCCCCAGUCCGCUGCAGGCAGGACUGCCCCCAUUUUAACCAGACCCGCUUCACCAGAACCAUGCUCAAGGCCGGACUCCGACCGGACCCGUCCGUCCUCACCCUGGACCAAACCCGCCGACCCAACAAACCCGCCAAACUGGGAGCGAGGCUGAGUCCGGGCGGGGCAGAGGGCGGGGCGAGGGGCGGGGCGAGGGGCAGAGCUGGGUCUGCGCAGCGGGGACUGGAUCCGGACCCUCAGACCGCGCUCUCGGGCCCCGGCCCAGAGAAAGAUCCGGACUCGGGUCGGGGCGCCCCCGCCCACAGGGACGUCAGCGGGGGCCCGGUCCUGGGACCCGGGGGAAAGGGGGGGCCCGAAACUGCCCCCCGCAGCGAGGCGACGGCUCGGGCCGGCCACUUCCUGAAGCUACAGCCGGGACCGAACAUGGAGCCAGGGGGGCCUGUGGGCGGGGCCAGGGGGCGGGGCCUGGUGUUCCAGGAGGCGGGGGAAGGGCGGGGCCAGGAAGGGGAGGAGACCCGGAGCAGGAGCAGGCGCAGCUGGAUCUGGAACCAGUUCUUUGUGAUCGAGGAGUACAGCGGCCCAGAACCUGUCCUCAUAGGCAGGCUGCACACGGACAUGGACCGGGGCGACGGGCGCACCAAGUACGUCCUCCGCGGGGAAGGGGCGGGGUCCGUGUUCGUGAUCGACGAGAAGACCGGCAACAUCCACGUGACCAAGCCGCUGGACCGCGAGGAGAAGGACGAGUACCGGCUGAUCGCCACGGCGACGGACCGCCAGACGGACCGCGCCCUGGAGCCCUCGUCCCAGUUCAUCAUCCGGGUGCAGGACAUCAACGACAACCCUCCCCUGUUCGAGGACGGGCCCUACAGCGCCACCGUGCCCGAGAUGGCCAACAUCGGCACAUCUAUAAUCCAGGUGACAGCGACAGACGCAGAUGACCCUACCUAUGGGAACAGUGCCAGGCUGGUGUACACACUGGUCCAGGGCCAAGAGUACUUCUCUGUUGAUCCUCAGACAGGGAUUGUGCGGACGGCGGUGCCAGACAUGGACCGGGAGACCCAGGAUCAGCACCUUGUGGUCCUGCAGGCCAAGGACAUGGGGGGCCACCUGGGGGGGCUGUCAGGGACGACCACCGUCACCAUCCGACUGAGCGACGUCAACGACAACCCGCCUCGCUUCACCCAGAGCGCGUGGUCCUUCUCUCUGUCUGAGCUGGCCGUGCCGGGGGCAGAGGUUGGACGUCUCUCGGCAACAGAUGCAGAUCUGGGGGACAAUGCCAAGCUGGAAUAUACCAUCCUGGAGGGCGACGUGGGGGACACCUUCAACAUCACCGGACUGAACCAAGAGGCUAUCAUCACACUGAACAAGGCGGUGGACUACGAGGCGCGCGGCGCGUACGCGUUUGCGGUGGAGGUGCUGAACCCCGCGGUGGACCCCCGCUUCCUGCGGCGCGGGCCCUUUAAGGACCGGGCCUCGGUGCGCGUGACCGUGCUGGACGCCGACGAGCCGCCCCGCUUCUCCCGCCAGCGCUACCUGCUGGACGUGCGGGAGAACUGCGCGCCCGCCUGCGCCGUGGGCCGGGUGGGGGCCGUGGACCCCGACACGGGACAGAACAGCAACAUCAGAUAUUCCAUCGACCCCCAGUCAGACCCAGAGGCCCUGUUUCGCAUCGCCCCUGACAACGGACUGAUCACCACGGCUGUGGAGCUGGACCGCGAGCACGAGCAGUGGCACAACAUCACCGUCAUCGCCACACAGAGAGACAGCCCCGGUCAGGUGUCCCGGGUGGCGGUUGCCAUAGAGACCCUGGACGUGAACGACAACGCCCCGGAGCUGGAGAGACAGUACACAACGGCGCUGUGUGACUCCGCUGCAGCAGGGCAGGUGGUGCUGGCGCUGCGGGCGGUGGAUAAAGACAAAGGAGGCAACGAGUCGCUGGUUCACUUCAGCAUCCCCUUGGAGUCCAGCGCUGCUCACAACUUCACCGUCAGAGGCACUGGGGGCCCCACGGCCAGCCUGGUUCUCCUCUCCUCCCUCUCCUCGCUCCCUCGUUCCCCCUCCUCCUCCCUGACGCUGCAGGUGCCGCUGGUUCUGAAGGACAGCCUGUCGGGCCUGAGCAGCACUGGGACGGUCACCGUGUCCGUCUGUCCCUGCCUGCAGGGCGGGGCCCGGGCGGGGCCAGGGGACGGGGACGGCCUGGCCGAGACCGUCUGCCUGCCCCUCUCCUCCUCCUCUCCCUCCCCCGGCCUCAGCACCGCCGCCCUGCUGGCCAUCCUGGCCUGCAUCAUUACCCUGCUGGCGGUGAGCGCGCUCUCUCUCUCCCUGCGCAGACAGAAGAGGGACUCUCUCUCCCCGCUGGAGGAGGAUGAUGUCAGAGAGAACAUCAUCACCUACGACGACGAGGGCGGGGGCGAGGCCGACACGGCCGCCUUCGACAUGGCCGCCCUGCAGAGCGCCCCCCACAGCACGCGCCGGGGAUACCGCACGCUGGACAGCAGGAACAUACGGUAUUCUGGGCGGAGCCAGGAGAGGGGCCGGACGUACAGCUGGUCCCAGAACCCGGGCCUGGGCUUCCCCAACACAGCCGCCGCUCCGCUGUAUGGCCGCCUGUGCUACAGCAGCCACACCCUGCCGGUGCUGAGACACGCCCACGGCCACGCCCACGGCCACGCCCCCUUCGAGCCGGGCCUGGCGGACCCCGGGGACCCCCGGAGAGAGACGGAACCGGCGGGGGCCGCGGGGGGGUCGGACAGCGGGGCCCCCCCCACCCCCGACUCAAAGGACAGUAGCGAGCCUGGAUACCACACGCACAGCCUGGACUGGGCUGAUUCCCUGGUUCUGACGCGGUGCGGUCCGGCCGCGGUCCGGAGUUCCAGCGGCAGCAGCUGGGCGUGUGAGUCCGCGGGCCGCCAGGGCGUGAGGGCAGGACCGUCCCCGACACGAAUCAGCACCGGCGCCUCGGCCCCGUCCCUCCCGGGGAGCCUCGCUGCCACGCCCCUCCCCCACGGCAGCCACGGCAGCGGCGGGGAGAGCCAGGCUGCCGCCGGCUUCUGCCGCAGUAACAGCGCUGGCCAGCAGGGGGCGCUGCAGGAGGGGACGCUGGGCCGCCACAGGCUGGCACAGGGGGGAGGGAUAUCUUUGGCCGGGACUACUUGCAGCGUUUACCCUGAGGGGACGGGUCUUAUUCCAGACUGGGGGGACAGGGUGGGGGUGAGGGGGUACGGCCUGGGCCGUAGAGAUAUGUUACCCCACCUGCUGCCCUUCCCGGGGCAGAGCAGGGGGGUGCUGGGGCAGCUGGGGUACGGCGGGGGGCGGGGCCAGGGCGGAGGGAACUCCCUGGCCGUGCGGGUGGGCGAGUUCCUGAGGCUCCGCCUGGCUCAGGUGACCUUCGACCCCUCCCUGCCGCCCUACGACUCGGUGCAGAUCUACGGCUUCGAGGGGGAGGGGUCGCGGGCGGGGUCGCUGAGCUCGCUGGAGAGCGAGGGGGAGAAGGAGGGAGAGAAGGAGGGGGUGGAGGACUGGGGUCCUCGGUUCCACAGGCUGGCCGAGCUCUUCCAGGAGAGAGAGCGAGAGAGGGAGGAGGAGAGAGAGAGGGAAAGGGAGACAGAGAUAGAGGCAGACAGAGGGGAAAAGGAAGAAGGGGAGGGAAAAGGGAGGUCAAGAGAUGAAGGGAAACAGGAAUGAGAGACGGCAAGAAAAAGAGAGAGGAAGAGUGAGAGAAGGAAAGAGAGAGAGAACAAGGGGUUCAAAAGGAAGGAGCGAGAUGAAAUUUAAAGAGAAACUGCGGCAAAACAGAGGAAGAGAGGUUGGAUCUUUAGCAAUAACCCUUUUAAAAAAGCAGUCGUGCACAAAUCCCCAGAAGAGAUCUUUAUCAGCCAAUCAGAAUCAACAUAGAACGUUCAAAACGAAGCCCCUUCCCCACAAGCUAAUCGGCCUGCACAUAUGUAAACACGCACACACAUGCGCACGCACACGCACACACAUGCGCACGCACCCACACACGUGCGCACACACACACAUGCGCACGCACACACACACACA